AGACAUGUGCACGUGAGCCACAGCGGCCGCAUGUCCACAUACCCUCGCGCGGAAGUCGGCCGAGGCUGCAAGUCCGUCGAAGGAACGCGUGAAUCAUCGGCCGGACCGCCGGAGUCGUUCGGACGGGAAGAAUCCCGAAGCCACCCCCACCCACCCGCACCGGCCAGGCCAUCUCCAAACCAAACCCUAACCUUAUCUGCAGACUGCAGCGGGACCGGCGGACAGGGCGGCUCCUGCGCGUGCACGGCGCGGCCGGCGGCGUCGGGGCGCGGGGCGACUCCUGCGCGUGCAGGGCGCGGCCGGCGGAGCAGGCUGGGUGCGAGCACCUUGGGACUUCGGUUCUGCAUCCAUUCUGGAAAGAUGCUGCCAAGCAAGAGGGGUGCUGAUGAUCUCUCAAGAUUCUCAACCGACUCAUCGAUUUCAGGUUUUUGGAGUGAGCUGAGUGACGAAGCUGCAUCAAAGUUGUCCAAAAGUGUUGUCUCAAUUGCUUUGACCCAUGGUGAUCUUGUAGGACAAAAUGUGCUAUUUGCAUCCUGUGGCAUAGCUAUAGAAUGCCAGCCUAACUUCACAAAGUUCGUGACAUCAGCAAUUUUGGUUAGAGCUUUAAAUACUGAAAGAAAUGGCCAUGACAACAUUAAGAUUGAAGUAUGCCAUAAAGGAAAUGUUGCCAUAGGGACUGUGGUAGAAUGUGACCUGGAUCAUGUAAUUGCUGUUGUCGAAGUCACGUCCGCCCUUGACGUUUGUUGCGUACCUCUCAGUCAUGCGGAGAAAUUGAUGCCUGAUACAAAGGUUGUAGCAGUAGGGCGUGACAUCUCUGGCAAAUUAAUGGCCACAAGUGGGACACUUGCUAAUUCAGGCCGACCUGAAGAUCGUGGACAUCUUAUGUUCUCUACAUGUAAAUUAUCUGAGGUUAUGCAGGGCGGCGCACUUUUUGAAUUUGAUGGGAACUUUGUUGGCAUGAACCUUUUCUCUAAUAUGGAACGACCCAUAUUCUUGCCAAGGGAUAUAAUUUUCGAUCGUUUGAACCAUUUUCAGACAUCCAUGGAAAAGAUAAUAUUUCCUAUGUUGCUGAAGUCAGUUAGGCAUAGAAAAAGACUCACAGGUGUGGAACUUCACUCAUAUCCUGAAGGUAGCACGAGUGUUAAUACUUUUGGAGAACAGUUUGGCGACGAAUAUCCUACUGGUGUUUGGGGUAAAUUCAAGAAAGAAGUUUCUUCUAACAUAUCUGAGAUUGUUGUCGCAGUUGCUUCGUUCCAUGGUGAAACAAAGUUCUUUGCAUGCACAGGAUUUUUCAUUAACUAUGAUGGAUGUCCGACUAUUCUGACCUCAGCCAGCUUGGUUAGGGAUCCUGAUGGCGCAAAUGAGAUUGUGAGCAGCUUAAGGAUUGAGGUGUUGCUUCCAAACAAAGACCAUACUGUAGGGGAAUUGGAACAUUAUAGUUUACAUUACAAUGUUGCUCUAGUCAGUGUCAAGAAUUACAAUGUUGAUUGUCCUAAGCUGAAAUGUGAGUUGAUGCGGUAUUGUGGAACGGUGGUAGCUGUGGGCCGUUGCUUUGAAUCAGGUAUAUUAAUGGCUACAAGUGGGGAAUUCAUCCAUGACUGCGACGAGGAGUCAAUCGAUUCGGAUUGUGAAUACUUUAGUUACACUACGUGUAGGACCACUAAGGUUGUUAUUGGAGGUCCCGUUGUUGAUUUGGAUGGAAAAUUUGUGGGCAUCAAUUACUAUGAUACAAAAAUAGGAACCCCGCUCCUGUGUUUUAUUGAUAUCUGUGAAAUUUUGGAUGAUUUGAAGACAAAAAAGGCAAUGAUUGGUGGUCAUGAGGGCCGUCUGAAAAAUGACGACGGACCACCAAACAUUUGGAUAUUGCCUGCCUGAUCCAAGGUGAUAUGAAGAAGAAGAUUAACGUGCAGCCCUAUGCGUAACAUGGAUGAAGAUGAUGACUAACGUGCAGCCCAACAGAUUAGAAUAAUUGCUGCAUACUAGUAGCCCUCGUUUGUUUUUUGAGGAUUAGGAGCCUUCGUUUACUCUGCUGAAUUGCUAUCUGCAUGCUGUAAACUUUUUUCUGGAUUGGAUUGGGAUCCCUGUAGUAUCUUAAUAGAAUAUUUGAACUGCUGUCUGUUGCUAAGAUUAUUUUUUUGGUUGAUGCUCCUUAAUAAACAAGACCUUUACUACUAGUCA